UCGACGGACGCGAACGUGCGCGGACGGGGAGCGCCACUCGGCGAGGAGCUCCAGUCUGUGAUUCGGCGGAGGUACGUGAGGACUGGGCUGUCUCGGGCGCGCCAUGACGUCACUCCGCGGAGGAGCAGUAUUGAGUCUCGCUCGGGCUUCGAUCUCAGGGUGCUCGGCGUCUCGCCUCUUCCCGGUCGCGUAGGAUGGUGCGGCCGCGGGCCGACUAGAGUCACCGUGAAAUCCUGGCGUAGGAAGUGCCGCGGAGGCCACGGCUUGGAGGCCGGAAUCAUGGCGGCGGCGGCGGCGGCGGCGUCGGCUUCGCCCGCGGACCCCGGCCACGGGCACCACUUCGCCAAGAAGACCUUCCACAAGCCCACCUACUGCCACCACUGCACCGACCUCCUCUGGGGCAUCAUCGGACAGGGCUACAUCUGCGAAGUCUGCAAUUUCGUCGUGCACGAGCGGUGUUACAAAGUUGUCGUUUCCCCUUGUUCUAGUAUAGCUGCCAAUUUAAUUAAAAAUCCUGUCGCCCACAGGUGGUCCGACGCCACUCAUCAAAAUGCUCACAAGCAUAAACGAAAAUUUUGCAACGUCUGUCGGAAGCGGAUGGAAGACGGCAACGUGGGAACACACUGCGAAGUUUGUGAGUAUUACGUCCAUGCUGAGUGCCAGGAUCUAGCGGUCUCCGAUUGUAGAGAGAGUGCCACUUAUUUGCCUGGCGUCGAGUUGCAACUCGUGAAGCAUCAACAUCACUGGCGAGAAGGAAACCUACCAAGCAAUUCUAAAUGUGCUAUUUGUAAGAAAACUUGUUGGUCUGCCGAAUGUUUAGCUGGUUACCGUUGUGAAUGGUGCGGGAUCACCUGUCAUGCUGGUUGCAAGAAGAGCAUAUCAGAAGAGUGUAACUUUGGACUGUUAGAAAAAAUUUAUCUUCCUCCCCAUGCUGUUAGUGUUCCUCGGACGGAAAUGCCCAUAGAGUCUUUAAUAGGUGUUCAAAUGAGUAGGAAAGAUACUAUGUCUCCUCGCAGUAUAUCUGAUGAAUUCAGUAGUGGAGAUAGUCGACAUCGAGAUGUGGAGGAGCACACGUACGUUAGAGAUAGAAGCGGAAAAGAAAAGGAUGAUCGAGAUGAGGAAGUUCUAAAAGUCUAUGAUGGCGACUGUUCACUGAGACGGCGUAUCUUCAGAGUUAUCACUGUCUCACGGCUCGCCAGCACUGAACACAUUCUUACCACUGCUUUGCAUGCAUUCCACAUCACCAAAGAUCCAGCUAAUUUUUAUUUGACUGACCUCUAUGCACCAGAAGAAAUUGCAUUAUGCGAUCCUAGUCCUGUAAUGAAUUUGCAUCGCAAAGAGGGUAAAAGGCCAGCUGUCUUUCUUAGAUUUAAGGAUUCCGAAAAUGAUAGUGGGGAAGUGCGGGUUUAUCCAGGAAAAAUACAAACCUCAACUCCCUUCGUCACAGUAUUGGUCACCAGUGAUACGACCGUUACUGAUCUAGUUCAUGAUGCUGUUGAACAAUUUGGUCUUGAAAAUUCGCAGCCUGAUUUUUAUAGACUUAGUGAAGUUUCCCUUGAUCGAGGAGUAAUUGAACGAGUUUUAUCAUCGGAUGAAAAACCCUGGGAUAUAGUGAAGCAGAUGGGGAAAGAAUCCCUGCGGCAAAUGGAGUUAAUGCGAUUCUAUUUGCAGCAAACUAAAGAUCCUCAUGGAACUAAUUUAGCACUUUUUGUUGGCAAUUUACCUACUAAUUUAUCAGAGCGUAACUACGAAAAUUUGUUAAACAAUUUUUUAGGUAGAGAAAACAAAUUUUCUUCAAUAGGCCCUAUUUAUUAUGAAUACGGAUCCUUAGUGAUAGUUUAUGAAGACACAACCACAGCUGUUCGUUCUUUAUUCAGGCUUCGAGAGUGUGUCUUAGAAGACAAGCAAUUACUUGUUAUGCUUAUGCCCACCAUCGAACCCAAUAUGAUCCCUCCUGGUGUGCAACCACUACUAGUGUUCGUUAACAUUAAGUCUGGUGGAUGCCAAGGACUGGAACUUAUUUCUAGCUUUAGAAAACUUCUCAAUCCAUAUCAAGUAUUUGAUUUAGAUAAUGGCGGUCCUUUGCCAGGCUUGUACGUAUUCCGACGAAUUGAACAUUACAAAAUUCUGGUUUGCGGAGGGGAUGGCACAAUCGGAUGGGUUCUGCAAUGCCUUGAUAAUGUUGGUCAGGACUCUCAAUGUAACUCCCCUCCUUGUGCAAUUGUUCCUCUCGGCACAGGUAAUGAUCUAGCAAGAGUUCUGCGAUGGGGCUCUGGCUACAAAGCAGGUGAAGAUCCGCUGAAUUUGCUGAAAGAUGUCAUUGAGGCGGAAGAAAUUAAACUGGACAGAUGGACAGUGGUUUUUCAUUCUGAUGAUGAUAAGCCUCAGCCUCAAGUUCCAAAUCCUGCCGUUGUUCCUAGUUCUACCAGUGAGGAUAAUUCUCAGAUGUAUGUCAUGAACAACUAUUUUGGAAUUGGGUUGGACGCGGAUUUAUGCCUAGACUUCCACAAUGCUAGGGAGGAAAAUCCAGACAAGUUUAAUAGCAGAUUGCACAAUAAGACUGUGUACGUACGAAUGGGUUUAAAGAAGAUGGUCGGGCACAAAUGCAAAGACUUGCAUCGAGAGGUUCGACUGGAAGUUGACGGAAAAGUAAUCGAACUGCCACAGCUCGAAGGCCUUAUAAUUCUCAACAUUUUAAGUUGGGGCUCGGGUGCUAACCCUUGGGGACCAGACAAAGAAGAACGCUUCACAACUCCAAAUCACUGGGAUGGAGUCCUCGAAGUUGUUGGAGUCACUGGUGUUGUUCAUUUAGGACAAAUUCAGUCUGGCAUUCGAGGAGCCACUCGUAUCGCUCAGGGAGGUCACAUAAAAAUUAUUUUCAAUUCUCUAUUGCCUGUGCAAGUGGAUGGUGAACCAUGGGUUGCCAGUCCUGGUUACGUUGUUGUCUUGAAAUCGGCCCUCAAGGCAACGAUGCUGAAGAAAUCUAAAAUGAAGCGUCGUAACACUGAGCCGAGCAUACCUCCUGUUACGCAGGCGCCAAGUGAUGGCAACAAUGCUUAAGAAAACCAAAGGCACAAAAGAAAAACGACGGACUGGCAGCUCGAAUGCUCAAUCUCCCGGAGCACCUCCAGCUAACGUUCAACUGUCAGAUACUUCUUCUAAUGAUAACUCAUUACUAUGAAAAUAAAUAAAAAGUGGCUUACUGGAUCUCAUUAUAAGAUUUGUUACUAAUGUUUGUUUUUACUUAAAAAUGCAACCCACAAGUUCAUACCUUAUUUCAGUGAUACCAAUCAAGCAUUGAAGCAUCCUGAAGCAAACGGUGCAAAAUCUGUUUUGGUGAUCACCCCCACAAAGCUAGUAUUCUUAUCUAAUCUAGGGCUCAUCAGCAAAACCGACUUUGCCUUCUUUGCUCUAAGAUUCCUUAAUUCGGCUUAGGUAUCUUUGUUUUCCCUUUUUAAAUAUUGUACUUUAAAGUUUUCAAACUUGCCAUACUUAUCAUACCCUGUUCAGCACGGGAAGAACCCCCUUUAGUGCCGAUUAAAUUUCAAGGUGCAUUUAAUUAUUUAUUACUUUUCUAUUUUCUAAUUUUUCUCCUUUUUCCAUCUGUGUUCUUUCUUUUUUAAUCAACAAACAAUUAUUUUUGUUCAAUUUAAUUUGUUUUAAAUAUGUUGAUAUUUGUUCAAAAGUAACAUGAGUAUUAAGCUGUUUUGAGGAAGAUGUAAAAUUAGAUUAUCAGAUACCAAAUUUGUUAUUCUUUAUCGAGUAGACAAAUUAAGUGAUUUCAUCUAGACUAAUUGUUAAUUAUUUAUAAUUUUUAACCGUGCUCUAAAGUUCAUUACUCUUUUUUUCCUUUCUCUUAUUUUUUUGUUUCAUUCUGGGAAACAUAAUUUUAUCGUUACGAUCCAUAAUUUUGUUACUAAGAAUUCGAUUCCUUAUCAAUACCAAUAUUUCGUCACUCUUCCGACAGAAGGGCGUAACUUUCUCUCCUCUUGAACCCCUCAAAUCAUGGUGAUAUACGCACAACAGGACUCAUCUCACAAUGUAGUUAAGUCCCUUUGCCGGCAGAGUUACGAGUUUCCUCAUAUUUUGUCAGCAAAUUCAUGUACGUCGUUUAAAACUAAUUCACCAGUAUUGGCCUCAGAAAUACUGCCUAUUGACCUGUAAAUUUAACCAAGAUUCAAGUUGUUUUCAUGGAUGAAGAUCGUUUUCAUGAUUUGUAUUUAUGCAACUUCUUAAAUGUGUAUUUUUAGGUAAUUAAUGAGGCAUUCAUAUUGGGGCUGUGUACCAGCUUGUAAAUAUCACUGGUUGAAGUCUGGAUCUAGUUUUAAAAUGUUACAAAAUUAUUGAAAGGUAGUUUAAGUAUCUGGUCAUCUUUGUGGAUUGCCAAGGUGUAUAUUUUGUGACCACAAAACAACCAAGGAUUAAAAAAAGAGGGAAAAUCAAGGAGGAUGUUCCAAACAAUAAUGAACAUUUUAUUUGCUUGAGCAUUUAUUAUCUCUCUCUGCCUUUGCAAAUGUGUUUCUUCAAGUACUUUUUUUGUCAUGAGCCAUGAGGAUUUACCAAUUUACUUGAUGAUUUAUCAUUGAACACAAACAAGUGUAUAAACAUUUUUCAUCAAUCAUAGAGUUUUCUCCAAGAGUGAAAAUAACUUAUAUGAGGUGCUGCCACCUACACACCAAA